ACAUCAUAACGAUAUCAUCAUAUCCUUUUCUAGAAAUUAAAAAAAAAUAUUUAAGAUGUUUAUCCGUCCGUGUACAUUGCUAAAGUUAUAUAGACUAACUGAAAAUAAAUAUGGUGAAAUGUAGUGAGUGAAUAGUGACCAUUUAUUUAAACUCUUGGUGCUAUAGUGCUGCGAUCUACAAUAAUGUUCAAUGGCUCUAGAUAAGGAUAAAUAAGGGAGAUCGUGAUCACCCUGUACUGUGUCGGGUUUAUGUAUAGUGGCAAGUGGUAUCACUGAAAUGUGAUACCACGUGCAAGACGUCACCACGGAAAAUAAUAAGAAAGACGAAAAGCGACCUAAACGUAAAAGAAUUUCCGACAUGAGGAUCGACAUACGUGGAGUAAAAUUGGCCACGGCACUCCGUAACGGAGUCAAAGCAGCGAUGUAUGAAAGUAGCUGCUCAUACGGAGGAGGUCUUGAACUCAAACGAAGUGCAUUGAAGGAAGACCCCUGGCCCACAGCAGAAUGGCCGCCAUACUGUUUACCACAAUCCACAUUCGAGCAACUGAAACAGAGUGUAGAAAAGGCGAAGGCAGCUUUACAGGACAGAUCAGGUCUCUUGGGUACUGCGACGGCGUUCGGUGAUUUUUAUGGUGGACAAUUGGGACAAGACACAACCAGCACGAACCUAGGCUUCAUACGGACAAGGAAAGAGGACUCCAUGCUAGGAUCUGUGGACAAAACCAAAGGAUUAGGUUCAGAAAAACUAUCAGGUGGACUGGCGAAAGGAUAUUCAUCAUCUUCAGCCUUAUCCGAUACGCUAAGGUCUACAAAAUGUGCAGAUGCCUCAUACAAAUCAACGUCAUCGUGGUCUUCACACUCGAGCGCUCAAGGUGCCUCAGGCUAUGGCGGGAACACUUUAUCGGCGAUGGCAAAGUCGCCAUUAGAAGCUCACACACACCUUCGCCAACCAGACCCAUACCAGAUGUUUGGCCCGACCAGCAGUCGUCUCGCUAACUCAGGUUCAGGACAGAUACAACUGUGGCAGUUCCUUCUAGAGUUGCUGAGUGACUCCAGCAAUGCUGGCUGCAUCACCUGGGAGGGCACUAACGGCGAGUUCAAGCUCACCGACCCUGAUGAGGUUGCUCGGCGUUGGGGCGAAAGGAAGUCUAAGCCAAAUAUGAAUUACGACAAACUCAGCAGAGCUUUGAGAUACUACUACGACAAAAAUAUAAUGACGAAGGUGCAUGGAAAAAGAUACGCGUACAAAUUCGACUUUCAAGGGUUAGCUGCAGCGACGCAGCCUGCCGCCAGCGACCCUGCAUAUAAAUAUCAGAGCGACCUCUUCAUGAGCUCAUAUCACCAUUCGGCCAAGCUCUCAUCUUUCAUGGCCCCACAUGCAGCUAUGCCGACGUCUACAGCAUCAAUAUUCCCGUCACCGUCAUGGAGUAAUUGGGGAGGUGGUGGGGGUAACCUCUACUCCCCCCAUUCCAUGGCUCCUCCCCACGUGACGUCACACUUGGGCUCCUAUCCGCACUACGCAUGACCGGCCUACUGAGCGUCGGAACAUCCACAAUACAAUAUUGUCGGAGAAGUUGAACUCAGCAACACGGCGGACUUAUCAAGAACACGAUAUUACGAUGUUAUCACUUACCCAGUCAUUUGAUUAAGUACCUACUGGGUUGCGAGUCUCUAUAGCUGCGUAUCCUCUUUGUACGCAACAGUGAUCCAUGCAUCUGCAGUUGAUUGCUCCAGCAGUGAAUACAGACACCGAUUCGAUUCAUGAUUCUUGCCAAAAUACGCGCACUGUUAGAACAGUUGUAGAUGUGCGUAGCAGAGUUGAUGUGCAAAAAGUGACUACGCAGCUUAAGGCAUUCAAAGCAUAUAAUAUUAAGGUGUAUUUACACAUUCGCAAAAGAGAGAGCGCUGAGACGGGGCUUGAAUUACCUUUUCAAACAUUCGUCUCCAGUUUCGUCUUGCAGUGGCGAGGCUAUGCAUGAAAUGUCGAUGAAAUUCACAGCGAAUGUGUAAAUGCAGGGUAAACAAUCUCAAAUCUUCUCGAGCUCUGGGAAGUCACUUACUAAAUCAGCACAUACUUAUAAGGUAGGUACGGCAAUCUUAAAGAUUUAUCAUGUGGCUCACAUAUUACGCGCUAAGUACGGUAGAACUAGUAAUGGGCAUAAUUUCAAAUAAUUUUCACUUCUCAGGUGAAAUUAAUAAAAUUUUACAGUGAUUUUUCAAUUGUCACACUCUCAAUCGUUUGCUACGUUAAUAUUUUAACCCUAGCUAUCAUAAUUCCGAUCAAAAGAGCUGAUAUUUCGCAGGCUAGUUUUCAAAUUGAAUUUUCGCACUUAUGAUUUUAAAUGCAAUCACACGAACUAGAGGUUUUUCCGUUUCUACUAACACGCGGAAUGCGAGUGUUCUCGCUCGCGCGCUCUUUGGGUCGGGUCGAUGACCGUACGCGCGCGUAAAGCGGGAUUAGUUUUAAUAACAAUUUUCAAACUUUGUAAGAUUUUACCUCGUCAAUAUUAAUUCGUUAAUAUUAUCCAAUCUUACACAUAAAAAAGGGUUUUCACAUAAUUUUUCACGUGCUAAGUAUCUGUGAAAUAGUCUAUCUCUAGUUAUAUAAACGUUAAUGGGAUCCCCAGAGCUCAAGAUUUGCGAUGAUACCUACUGAAUUGACUACGCACGAAAUGUAUUUCGUCAUCCCUACUUUGACACCCCCAUUAACGAACUGUUAAAACUGCUCGAAGCGAUUAUGGCUAUAAAAGGAAGAUUAGAGUUCGCUAUGAACUGUCUGUGUAUCGCCGUUCUAAGUUUGAUUACACAAAUUGCAGUAGCACGGAAGAGUGAUCCGAAUGUCAUUACUGGAGAAGGCCAUUUGCUUGACUGGAUAUCCUUCAGAUCUACCGUUUCAGAGAAUAAUAAAUGUCUGCUCUAUUGUGACGUCCAAGCUGAAGGUGGCAAAAGCCUGUCUAACAAAAAAAAAACCAGCCAAGUGCGAGUCAGACGCGCACAUUGAGGGUUCCGUACUCGG